AUGGCAACAGUCAAUAAGGCAGCUUUCAAUUACGAAUAUAUUAAUAGUGCUGAUCGUGCAUGGUUAUCAUCAAUCAAUGAUGCCUGGCGGAAACGAGAUACUGAGCUUGCAGCAGAAUAUCUUUUAAAUGUACAAAAUAUUACGGCGGCUAUGGCACAGCUUUCAGGCUUACCUACAUUAACUGUUCUACAAUCUAACUUAUCUGUAGUUCGCAAUGAUCAAACUGGUUACCCAGUUCAUUACGUGCUAAGGCCCGAUGGUGUAGCUCACAGGAUGUCUGCUAUGAGCUUCAGUAGUUCUAGAUGGUAUGCUAGAUUUUGUCAUGCAGAACAAGGCUCAUCGAAUUUUUCAAAAAGAGAUGAAAGCUAUAAUAUGGAGAACUUUUCUAGCGGUGGAAUUGAAGCAAGUGGUGACUAUGUUGACGUUGCAAAUGGUGUUUUAAGCAUGCAAUAUGACUGGGGACAGCUAGUGCACCAGGUCAGUUGCUAUCUUGGCGAUGAAAGUGGCAAUGCAUAUCAAUAUCAAAUUUAUAAUAAUAAUGCUAAAGAUACAAUGACAUCAGGAAGAUUUAGGGGUUUUGACAAUGAACCAUUUGAUCAAGAAUCAUUGACACCUGAUGAGCAAUAUCUACCUAUUCAACCAUGGUCUCAAUGUGAGGUUUCAUAA